AUGUCUACCCUUGAUUCUAAUGACCUAUCGCUUUCAAGUCUCUCGAAUUCUUUGUCGGACUACACACCGACCGUUGAAGAAUCGGGAUUGAGCACGACCGCCUCGUCUUCGAUAUUUAAUGAGAAUGAAAAUGCCGGUUGCAUGGAAACUGAGAGCGAGGAGAAGUGCGGGGAGAGUGAAGGUGAAUCCGAUAAUAAUGAAAAAUUUCAUAACAGCAAAAUAAGGAUUUCCACUAUUUCUCUACGAAUCCAAGUGGAAACAGCGCAAAUCGAUAACUCAUCGUCGCACCUCUCGAUAACUUCAAUGAAUGGUGAUGAUAUAUCCUCGGAGGAGAUAAAUUUCAUAAACUAUCAAUCCCUCAAGAGCAUCACCAACGACAUUUACGACUACAUUCAAGUUGUCGCUAACAGUAACGAUGCGAUAAAGAGUAAAAAAAAGUCGAAGGAUUUUUUUAAGAGAGAAAAAUCCACGCACAAAAGUAAGGGUGAAGGUGGCAGGAAACGAAAGAAAAAGGUCAAGAUACUGAAAGCCUAUUGGAAGGACGAAUCUGAGAAGGAAGAGGAGGUGGCGUUAAAGAAGGUGGAGUCGCUGAACGCCUUUGAUCAUCACGGGGAUAAAUUGAACAGUGAGGAUCUGGAAGUCUUGGAAAAUAUAAACCUCUUGCACAAAUUAAGUUGUCAUCAAAAUCUACUAAGGAUCUUUGGGUACACAAUAGAUCCGAGCAACUCGAACCACUUCCUAGUGGUGCAAUAUGCCAACGGGGGAAACUUGCGAAAGUUUCUCCGCGAGCAUUACACGGUACUCACGUGGAAUGAAAAGCUGAGAUUUUGCACGGAUUUGGCGAACGGGUUGAAAUAUAUUCAUGACCACGAUAUUCUUCAUCUCGCUUUGCACUCCCAAAACAUUUUACACCACAACUACAAACUCCUAAUUUCCGAUCUUGGAAUUUCAAAAUCUCACAUUUCCGCCCCUCAUUUGAUACUACCGUACACCGAUCCACAAUACCUAGCUGACUCCGCGAACUACCAACAAAACAAACAGUCUGACGUUUACGCACUGGGCAUAUUGAUGCACGAAAUCUCAAGCGGACGAAUUCCGUACGAUGAGUACCUGGUGAAAAGCGAGGUUGCAGGUGAAUCUAGGAGUGGUGGUGAAAAAGAUUCAAGUAUAUCGUACCUUCCCGAGCUCUCACCGAAGAUCGUCCGCGAAGGUUAUAGGCAGCAACCAAUAUUUGGCACACCUUCGGAAUACGUUGCAUUGUAUCAACAAUGCUGGCAGAUGAAUCCAACGGCGAGACCAAGCGUUGACGAAGUGUUAACAAGGUUGGGUGGGAUAGAGGCGGUGGGUGCGAGUGUGCGCGUUUGUGAUGGCGGUGAGAAAGAUGUGAAGGAAAGGAGCAUGAGCGAGAUUGAGGAGAGGGUUAAAGGGAAAAACGAUCAUUGCUGCAUAGAUAUUAAAGAGAUUAAUAAAGGGUAUGAUGAAAAAAAUGAUCAAAAAAGAGAUAUAACUUAUGUACCAAGCGUUGGCCUGAAUAGUGGAACGGGAAGCGGUAGUGGGUUAAAAAGUGUGUACUUUUCUGCCGCCGAUGUCACCUCCUACCCGACGGACUCCAUGAUCUAUUCUUUGGCCGAUGGUUGGCUGACGAUUAUCGUGGUGGGAGCUGCCGUGAUGUUUGGGGUUUUCGCGUCAAGUUGA